GGAGCUGCUUCACAAGGCUUUUCUCUAAGGGAGAGCAGGGAAGCCAGGAUGAGGCGGCAGAAGUGUAGUCGCUUUAUUGUCCCUCGUGAGCUGUGCCGUGCCAAGGCGUGAUCUCUGCCGGCUCUUCCCUCCUCGUGGGCUGUUUUCGAUGAGCCAGAAGAGAGGACUGAAUUGCCUGCACGCUCCUGGGCAGCGAUGCCAGGGAGAAGAGUGGAGCCGGAGCUACAGUUUUUGCUGUUGAGCGGAGAAUGGGGGAAACACUUGCCUCAGUGCUAUGCUCUGCUCAGCCCUUACAUGCUCCGCUGAGCUGCUGCAAGGUGCCACUUUCUGCUGCUUUUCUCCCCUUUGUUUUCUUUGGCAGCUUCCUAAGUGCUGUAUCAAAACAGCUUCAGGGGAGCUGCGCUGGCACAGCCACCUACCUCCAUAGUGGUGCUGGUUUAAAGGCAGCGAGCAGAAACCUGGGCUGAAGUCGGAUUGAGUUUGUUUAGCCUCCCGCGAAAACCGCUGAGAAAAGGGACAGGAACGAUUUCAGAGAGGUCUCUUUGGAACCGACGCCAGUGGCUGGCUUGAAAGAAAAUGAAAAAGGAGUGUGUUUCGAGAUCUUUCAAACUCAAACAAAACCCAGGCUCCCUCUCGCGUGCUGUCAGCUGGAUAAAUUUCUCGUCCUUGUCAAGGCAGACAAAGAGAUUGUUUCGCAGCGAUGGGGAACUCUCCUCCAUGUGCGUGCAGCAGGUAGACGAGGAUGACGAGAACUGGACCUACCGGAGCCAGCAGAGGAAAGCUGUUUCCAACCUAGAUGAAGAGAGUAGAUGGACUGUGCACUACACUGCUCCAUGGCACCAGCAGGAAAAUGUCUUCCUGCCCUCCUCAAGACCAGCUUGUGUGGAGGACCUGCACAGACAAGCCAAGCUGAACCUCAAGUCAGUGCUGAGAGAGUGUGACAAGCUGCGGCGGGAUGGCUACCGGAGCUCACAGUAUUACUCUCAGGGCCCUACCUUCUCCUCGUCCUCCAGUGCAAUCUGUGGAAGUUACCAGGAUGACUAUGAAGAAAUUGAACAAAAGUGUCCUGUCUCUCCCCCUGAAGAAGAAAAACUUAUUACCAUCAAAAGGCCUAAAAGUCCAGCUACAAAUGAAUUAUCAGAUAUCAACACCCAAACCAACUGGACUAAGUCUCUCCCGCUGCCAACACCAGAAGAGAAAAUGCGACAACAAGCACAAGCCGUCCAAACAGAUGUGGUUCCUAUUAAUGUGACUGGGGAGAAUUUCGACCGCCAAGCCAGCAUUCGGCGGUCUCUAAUUUACACAGACACGGUGGUAAGACGGCCGAAGAAAGUCAAAAGGAGAAAGACUAUUACAGGAAUCCCUGACAACAUACAAAAGGAGCUAGCAGUUGGUACUGGCCAAAGUGAUUUCCGAGGGCAUUCGAUGUAUGUCCCAGAUCACUGUUCCACACUAGGGAGGCUGGACAGCUAUCGCUCUGCUGCGCAGCGCUCUGAAACCAAGGACACCAGCUGCCAGACGGAGGAAGUUAAAGUUGUGCCCCCUUCAAUGAGAAGAAUACGAGCACAGAAAGGACAAGGAAUUGCAGCACAAAUGUCUCAGUUCUCCAGCUCAUCUGGAAACAUGUCAGUUAUGAGUGAUUCUGCUGCAGUUAUAUUUGCUUCUCGCCAAAAUAGCGACAUAGGUUUCCACAGCUUGCCUCGGGUUGGUGCGAGAGUGUCUCUCCAGUCCCUAGAUCAGACACAGAGCAUGAUGUCAAGGCAGACAGAAGACAUUGCUGGCACUUUACCCCACCAGAUAAGUAAAUUGCAAGUGGAUGAUAGUGUUGUGCAUCUGAGGAAUAAUCCCGUGAUGGGGACCCCAUCAAGGCCAAAGUCCCAGGAGGUGAGAAGCUGCGAUAGUGAGAAGUCCUCAAGCCCAGCAUGUGUGGUGUCUCCUCAUGCCACUUACUCAACAAGCAUCAUACCCAAUGCAACACUGUCAUCCUCCUCGGAAGUUAUCCUUAUUCAUGCUGCCCAGAGUGUUGGAUCAUUGGAUAGUAAAAUUUCCAGCUCCUCUGCCUUUCCAAAUCCAAGAGACAAUCCUGCUGCCAGCAGUGCAGCAAGUGGGAAGGAAGACCACCAUUCUUCAAGUGGUAACUGGAGUGAGAGUAGCUCCACACGUCACUCACAGACUUCAGAUACCAUCCCAUCUAACACUGUCAUGAUGCUUUCUCUUGGUGACUCUGCUGUCUCUCUAAGCACUCCUGGGAAUGCAGAGGCUGGGUCUCAGAGCAUGAGCUACAGCUGUAGGAACCCUGCUGCUUUAGCAAGCCCUUCCCAGGACAGCGAUGGUCGAAGUGAAUCCAGCUAUUCUGGGGAGCGAGCACCGGCAGCAGUGAGCAGCACAGAGCAUUGGUUGUACAAGUCUUCAGAAAACAGCGAGACCCCUUCACGCAAGGUGGUUUGUACAACACCAGGCUGUGCCACGCCCGGUAGCAACCUGAGCAGCAGUAGCCUGGAGAGGACAUUAGUCAGGGAUGAUUCUACUUCCCUGUAUUCUGUGGACCAGGAUGGCUAUUAUGGCUCCAUGCAUAUGGACUCCGGACUGAAGGCAGACAUGCCAUGCAACAGUACUAAUGGUUUUGAGAACCCCAGAGACAGUGUGAUAAAUGUCUUUGAAGGAAAGGAGAAGAAACAUCAGGAUGACCACUCAGGCCAAGGUGACAAAUCCCUUGCAAGAAACAUCUCACUGAAAAAGGCAAAGAAGCCACCUUUGCCACCAUCCAGAACAGACUCACUCAGAAGGAUGCCUAAGAAAAAAGCCCAAUCAAAUGGACAGAUACUUGAUGAAACCCUCAUUGCCACUCUCCAGCAUUCUUUGCAGCUGAAUCUCAAGUGCAAAAAUGGCAGCUCCCCUUCCCAGAGCCCUUGCAGUGAUUAUGAGGAUCCCUGGGUGUUGCGCUCCCGCAGCCAAAGCUCGGUCAGUGCAAGCAGCAGCAUGAUGUCCACCACUGCUCCAAACCUGUACUCCAUCUGCACAGUCACUCCCUCCCAGAGUGAAACAAGUAGCAUAAAGUCAGAGUAUGCUGACCAGUGGGGUUACUACAGCGACUAUGCUGCAGUGGCAGAUGACCAAGUGAAAUCUCCAGUGACCCAUUCUGCCAGUACUUCAUCUGCUCUCAGCGAUUAUAGCAUCAGCCACUUCAGUGAUGGCUCAAGGGCUUCUGUGCCACAAGUGCCCAGUGGACUGGCCAAACCAAAGAGCGCUUCUCCGGAGAAGUCCCACCGAGUCACAUCACCAUCGAGUGGGUACUCCAGCCAGUCCAAUACACCCACUGCGCUUACUCCAGUGCCUGUACUUGUAAAGUCUGCAUCAUCAGGAAAUGGGAAAUCCAAGCUGAAGCCUAAAGUGCCUGAAAGGAAAUCCUCUCUUCUGUCUUCAGUUUCCAUGUCUUCGUCAUCCACUUCUCUUUCUUCAAAUACAUCUGCUGAAGGGAGUGUGAGUGUGAAGAAACUGGACCCUGCCCUGAGCCCUCCUGUGGAUUCUGGUGCACCUCCUCCACCACCUCCUCUUCCAACAUCUCAGCAUUGCCCUGAACUUUCUCCUCCUCCUCCUCCUCCUCCAGCAGAAGUAAUGGAUCUGUCACCAUUGUCGACCUCUCCCACGUUCCCCCCUCCUCCGCCAGAAGCCAGUGUAAGUUCUACCUUUGCUCAGACUGUCCCAUGGUUCCCGCAAGAAUCCUCCAUCAAUUCAUUCUCUUCCCCUGUUCCUCCUCCUCCUUCUUGCCCCUUGGCUGUCCCACCACCAGCACCACCGCUUGAUCCCAAAAUAACAAAAGGUGCAGCAAUGUACCCACAGUAUUCUUUUAAGAAACGCAACCAGGAGGAUUCUUGCUACAGUCCAGUGAAACAGCCACUCAACAAGCAAGAUUCAUCAAGACCUGUGAUGCCAUUAGUAACCACCAAAGCACUGCAAAUGGUGCAGUUGAGGUCUGUGAAAAAAUCGACAGAAGGUGAAUCAUCAACUGAAUCUGCUUCUGAAACCACCUCUCAGGAAAAGGGUACUGCAAAUUCAUCAUCACAGUCUUUGCUAAAGCCAUCUCUCUCACUGAAACUCAGUACCAGCUUAGGUGAUGAGGAAAUGAAAACUCAAGGCACCUCAUUUAAAAAUGCAGUUCAAACUGCAUCACUGUCUCGGGGUUCUCCUCUCAUUCCUUCUGAUAACACACCUGUGCUUGACAGUGAUCAAAAGCCUGUGAGUGCAGUAGGUCUAAAGAAAUCUUCUGAAGCUGAUGCUCUGGGGUCAGCCACUGAUGAUACACCUGAGUCCUCAGUGCAAAGUGAAGACCUUCCUUCUGGGAUGUCCCUUCAGAGGUCACCAGCAUCUCCUGAUAAGACUCAGGUUGUAUUGCCAAGCAAGAAACCACCUCCUAUUUCAAAGAAACCCAAACUGUUCCUUCUGGUACCACCUCCACAGUUAGACCUUACAGUGGAGAAAGCAGCUGAAGUGAGUGAUACUGCCAGAAGCCCAACUAAGAGAGACGCUGUGCUUGCACACUCUGAGGAGGCGAGAAAUUGUCUUACAGAUGGACUCGGUUCUAGCGAGAUGGACUCUGGCAGCCUGGUUCCUGAGGGAGGAGCUGCUGGAUUCACCUUCUCUGAGACAGUGGGAGCGAAUGCCUUUGUGGUACAGCCUGCUGCAUCACCAGUUCAAGAAGAGCCCAGGCAGGAGGAGCAGUCUGCUUUUGAUGAAGGAAGCAGUUCAGGCAGCAGCCAAGACAGUGGCAGUAAUACUGACGGGCACCUAUCUCAAGAGAACGAAAGUGUGGAAGUGUUUGAAUCAGACACAGCCAGUAGUUCAUUCCUGCCAAGCAAUAGUUAUGGGGAAGAGACAGACGGAGUGGCAACACCAGCAAGACCAAGGACUACUGAGGAUCUUUUUGCAGCCAUUCACAGAUCCAAAAGGAAAGUCCUUGGCCGUAAAGAUUCUGAAGACGACCGUACUCGCAACCAUUCUCCGUCUCCCCCCGUAACUCCCACUGGUGCUUCCCCAAAUUUAGCUACCCUCAAGCAAGCCGGAUCUAUCCAGAGAAGCAUUCGCAAGAGCAGCACCAGCAAUGACAACUUCAAAGCCCUGCUGCUGAAGAAGGGGAGUCGCUGUGACACCAGUUCCCGUAUGUCCGCAGCAGAGAUGUUGAAGAACACAGACCCGCGGUUCCACCGGACAAAGACAGACGCCCCCCCUGACCUUUCCGACAGCCCUGCCAGCUGCUCACCCAGCAAGAGCAAACGGGCCCAGGAAGAGUGGGCCAAGAGUGAGGGCCUGAUGCCAAGGAGCAUGUCCUUCUCUGGCACGAGGUACGGCCGGUCACGGACACCCCCGUCUGCUGCCAGCAGCAAAUACAACGUCCGCAACCGCAUCCAGAGCAGCCCCAUGACUGUCAUUAGUGAAGGAGAUGGGGAAGUGGUGGAACAGUCUGAGGGCAGGGUCCGGAGGACUUUGGAAGAGCAGCAAGAGGGGCAGCUUGAUAUGUUUAACAGUGAUGAAAUGGACAUGAAUGACUUCCCGUAUGCUGAGGAGGCAGGCUGCAAGGAGACCUUGGAUCCAGCCCAUGUAGACUUAAUGACUCAACCAGGUGCUUCAAGGAAGUAUCUAAACUCUUCAGCUGAAGAAAGCUAAGAGGCAGUGUGACAAAAGGCUUUGGAUAUUAGUCUAGAAAAUCACAGGGACUAGAUUCCAGAGGAGAGCCCAGACCAGGACAAGGUUACUUUGCUGAGCAUUUAUUCCAUGAACUGCAUGUGUAUGUUUAAAUGCUAAAGUGACGAUGGUUCUGCAUGGUUGGGUUGGGGUGGGGAGCACUUGCUUUGAAUGAGUGGUCUGUGGCUUGAAGAAUGUUAACAGUUGAUUUUUUUGUGUAAAGCCUUAGAAGUCCUCUUGUGGGGUGGGGUGGGCUGGAGAAGUUUUCUCAGAGUCUGUAGGGGUGUGAAGUUUUUCUUUUUCUUGAGACUGCAAUUGUGCAAGCAAAAUUUAGGAAUAAGCCUGAAAUGGGAAGGCUCCUGUGGUACAAGCUGGACAUGGGGUUCAAAAGCGUUGUAGUGAUGCAGCUUAGUGCAUUUGUUAAGCAGAGGGAGGCACAAUGAGGCACAUUCGCCUCUGAGAGAAGGUAGCAGGAUUGGUGCUGGGGUUACAUGGCUUCUUAGUGGGAUAUGCCCCAGCGUUCAUGAAGGUUGUCCUGCUUGAGCAAUGAGCUCACCAGGUUAUGGAUUGGUCCAGGGUACUGUACUUUUAAUUCUUUUUCCUGAGGGAAAAUGAACUGUGUGGUUAAGGUGGAAAAGGGAGCUGAUUUUAUAACACACUACUAGCUGCUAUGCAGCCACACACCUUCAUUUGGUGAAACACACAUUUCCAGAUGAAUUGCUUCCUUGACUGGAGUAUUCCCUUAGAGAACUAGAACAGCUGGGUGUGUGUGGAGGAUGCAAGCAGACAUCAGGAAAGUGGGAGAUGAAUGAAGCAGUGUACUGCCAGAAUUUGGAAGGGUUACUGUCAUGGUUUAGGAACGGUAUUCCCCAAUUUAGUGGUCCCACCAAAACACUCCAAACCAUGUACCCACUCACUCACUCUCCCCUCUCCACUUACCUCUGUGGGUGGCUGGAGAGGAGAAUUGGAGGCACAAAAGGUGAAGGUUGGGGGUUGAUAAAAGAAACAUUUACUGGAAGCAACAAUGAAAUAAGAAAAUGGACAGUAACAGCGACAGUAGUUAGCGUGCGCACAAAAGAGAUUAAUGGCUCACAGGUGACUGCUCACCACACAGAGCUUGGUAAUGUGUGACUUGCUGCCCCUCUUCCUUGUUCCCAGCAGUGUUGUGAGGUGGUGUAGAAUGACCUCUGUGUCCUGGCCACGUCCCCUCCUGGCUACUGCAGAAAAUGAACCCUGUCCUGGCCGGAACCAGGACAGUUGUGUUUCUGAACUAGAAAGAGAAAUUUGACUUGCACUACAAAGCUGUAGGUGGAGCCCGUCUUUCAAAACUGAAACUUGGAAUUGUGUUUUGCUGGAAAUCUGUCUGUCGUUUGUCAAAAUGGGGAGACUUACUUUUCAUCACUUGAAAUACAGAUACUUGCUAACUUUUGGUUACCAAAGAAUAAGUUACGGUUACUUUCCUUUUUGAUUUGCCUGCAGUAUUGCUCUUCUUUUUUAACCUUAAUAAUUUAGUGAGGUUUGUUUUUAUUGUAUAUUUUACAGAUAAUAAGAACAUUUAACGGUUUUCCAAUUGUAAAGAAGACCAUUAAUUAAAACUGAAAUAUUGGCUGGAGUUUUUGGUUCUUGGUAGGAAUGAAGCUUUUAAUUUUUAAUAAGAAUUUUGCAUCAUUUGAUGGCAUGCGCAGUUUUUGUAUUGUUUGUAAAUAUUGAAAGUUGUUAAAAUAUCUUUUGAUCUCCUUACAGUAGAAUUUUUACAUUUUUAGAUUGCUUUUAAGAAGAAGAAGCACUCUUUGUAGAUUAUUUAUUUUAGAGAAAUAUGCUUGUAAUCUCUUUCUUCAAUCCUUUACUUGUUAGUUAUGUAAAUUUCAGGGGCCUUCGUUUAACUCUUCCCUUCACAAGAGGGGAAUAGUGCUGAAAAUGCUGUGACUUUGCUUCAAUAAAGAAAAAGCCUGCCAGUUGCCAUAUUGUCUUUUGAGUUGAUUAAAAUCUCCUUCAAAAGAUGUCUCCUACAGCAUAUGGCAACCCACUGAAUGCCAUCAUCCAUGCAUCCAGCUACUAAUUUCCAGUUUUCAUUGCCAAAUUUCCUAAUUCACUUUAGACACAACUAAAGGGUACUCACACAUCUAUCCCAUUUUAGUAUCUCAGUUCUGAGACUAAAAAAAUUUAAAUAAUCCUAAGCUUUUUCCAGUGUCAUGUGAGUGUUUCUACUACUUCUCUCCUACUUGCAACCUGUCCCAGAAAACUUAAAUUCUUGGAGAACCAGAUUAUAAGCAGAGUGAGACGUGAAAUGGACAAGUUGAAUCUAGCUGCACUCAGUGGAACAAAGGUGGUAUUAACUGGUGCACAGCAAACUUUCUACCAUUUUCAUAUGAUAACUAUAUUGAAAGAUCCAUUGGAUUUUUUAAAUGUAAAUAAAACCUAAUUGGAUAAAGUAGAUUGUUUCAGAUAUUGUUAACAUUGAACUACAUUCUGUUACAAAGAGGUGGCAGUGGCAGAAUGUUUUGCGCUAACAACUUGCCCAUAUUGCUUUGGUCUGUCUUGCUCAGCUGAUCUCAUGAAACAUGAAAGCAGCAAGUCCGUUUCACAGCAGGUACUGUCCCUUUGAAAGCCAUGCUAAAUGCUAGCCAGUCCUCGUGCCACCAUCCUGACAGGAUAGUGUGUAAUAAAUAAUACUCAGGCUUUGUUUCGUUGUUUACAGAUGAAAUCUAAGACAAAUCAUCAGUGAGAAAUGGAUGCACUAGGCAAAAUUGUAGCUCUGGUGCCUGCAGCUUCUGCGGCCAUUUGCAGCCAUUUGCAUCAAGUGCCCAUGGGGGGGAGAUUCGCCAGCUCAUUCCCUGGUGAUGGCCAGCUGAUGCUGCCAGCUGUUUCUAUGGACUAUGUGGGGAACUCUUGGGAAAAGCCCGGCUUAAAUGCACGAUGUCAGUGCAGGUAGAUGUGAUUAAACUUGGAGUGUAGCACAGGCUGAAUUUCCUCUCUGGCUACAGGUAGCCUUGAUGCUCCUCUAAAACCCACAUCUGGUGAACUUGGUGAACUUGGGCUGAAGCUCAGGCUUUGGCUAACAUUCAGAAGGCAAUGUUUAUGCAGCUCUACUGAUGUUGCUAUAAGACUACAUUUUACACAGUACAAGGUGUAGUGAAAUACUUUAAGUAUGCUGAAAUAUUUAAGUAUGCUGAAAUAUAAACAUAUUUCAGCAUACUUAAAGUAUUUCACUACACCUUGUACUGUGUAAAAUGUAGUCUUAUAGCAACAUCAGUAGAGCUGCAUAAAUGGUGCUUAUACCAUUUACUUUGGUAGGUGAUAUAACUUUCUUACAGAGAUGUCACCCUGUCAUCUCCCCUCAGGCAGAACUAACUGGUUAAUUAUUUUGUCACACUUACAGCUUCAAAAUCACUUUCUUAGACAGUAACAUUCUUCCAUAGGGAGGUUUUGCAGUUGUGGUUUUAUUGGUCUAAAACUGUAGGUUAAGUUUAGCAAACCUCUUCUAAAGACAUCCAGAGCAGAAGAGAAGAGGGCACAUAUACAAACUUGGUUGUGCUGAAGAAAAAAAGCAGAUUUGUCAUCCUGAUGCUUAAUGCAUCAUAGUGUCACAGGGCUUGUUUGGAGUUUAUAGCUGGUCUACUGUUUGCCUCUAAAACAAGAAUCUUUAUUGAAGCUAGAUGUGAGAUUAAUUUCUGGUUUCCAUUUUACUGGGAAUGGUUUUCAGCUUCAGUCUUUUUCUAAAUUCUACCCUAUAGUAACUAAUUUCAUGUUUCGUUCCUUUAUGUUCGAAGUUCUGCUGUCAGAUGUAGGCAGCCCCAAUAACCCUCUGAAUCAGAGCCCUCCAGCUACUCUGUUAAUACAUUCACAAGGCCCUGGGGCAUUUACAGACCUUCACUGCUGUUUGCAUACUGGAAAGGAGAACUUACUACCGUAAUUGAAAUGAUGGAGGUUACGCAAGGAGCAAUAGCUUGGUGAGAGAAGGUUUGGAAGGCUAUUGACUAUCAGUUAAAAGAUUUGGGAAAAAAGUGGAUUUGAUGAAGACAGGAUUUUGAGAAACCAGGACUGGGACGGUGGUUCCUGCAUAGGUCUCAGCCUGAAAGAAGGCACUGGCAAAAAAGGUGAAGCAAGGAGAUUACUCAGAAGUACAGUGAAUGCACAGAUUAAGGUAUGGGGUGGGCAGGCUAGUGCAGAUUCUAGAUGAUAAGUUUCAGCAAGUACAGAAGAGAGAAAAAGGCAAAGGAAUAAUGGAAUAGCAACAGCAAGGAGGAAGAAAAACUGUAGCCUGUGUGUUUCAUCUUAAUUCAAAGACUGUAGAAGCCUGAAGUCAGUCAGACAUGGGGGAGAAAAAAACCCAAAACCCGUAACAAUUAGAAGAGAAAAUGAGCAAAAUUGAGUGAGGUCAGAGAAGCAAUAAUAAGCUGGAGUGAGGACUGCUCUAGGAGACCUCACACUGGGUAGGUGGCUCGAACAGAGCUCUUGGGAGGGUUCUAUACAGCCACUGUGCCUGGAGUCUGGAAAGAAUACAGGGGAUUGGGAAGAUCAAAGCUCAGAUUGAUGUUGUCUAAUUUCUACCAACAACUCUGCAUCCAGUGCUCCCAAUGUACUGGGUACAGGUCGCCAGACACUUGCACUGGAGUAACUUCCUAAACCUUCAGUCAUUUCCUGAAGUAAAGAGAGCCCAUUCGUGCAUGCAGCACAGGAAUGAAUGUGUUAAUACUACUGCAAGCAAAUAGAUCUUGUUAGGUAUUCUUUAGAUACCACAGAGUUCUGGAAAAAUCACUUAUAGCAGCAAUUACUUGGAGCAAAGCUGUUGCCGCAGUACACUUGAGUGAUUCAAAAUGAUGCAUUGUUUGCUUUUAUAGGAGAGAUUAAAAGGAUGGACUUCAAUGGUGAAACAAAGUGUUACAGUGGCAAUGAGGAAUCAUUUUAUCUGUUUUAUUUAAAACAACUUCAGUACUCACCAGAGGAGAACACAAUAGUUUUAUAAUGCCCUUGAUAGCUCUCUGAGUUUCCUUCUUGUACUUAAUUUUCUGAAUAACUUUCAGAAGUGAUUUCUUGCAUGGUUAAGGCUAGAAAAGUCUUCUGGCAGAAUUGAUAACUUUAUUGGUUCUAAAGGGGUGUUAUCAACUUAAAUCAGAGCACAGCAUUAAAAUCUUGCAACUACUCAGUGCUGGAUUGUGACUGUAGCUAUACUGGUUUGAAUUAAUAAACACUCAACAGAGUAAAAUAGAGAAAUGUUUGAUAAAGAUGUGCUGUGUCAUACAUUGUUCUGAAAAACUGGGUAAAAGCCUUGAUAGCGCUUCCCCAGCAGAAUGUUGAGUACACUUUAUGUUGCAAAUUUAGCUCUUUGCAGUUGGGUUCUUUCACAUAAUGUGCAGCCAACCUUUUAAGGGCCAAUCAAUGCUUCUCCCAACAAUGCUAAUGGAAAAUGUCAUUGAUUUUUAGUAGGAAAUUGUCUGUUAAUAGUGAAUACAAAUGUAUGUGUAUAAGCAUGUGGGGCGGUAUAUAGAGAAGAAAUAUAGUCUAGUCCCAAUGUACCUGAGUUCUUCUGCCUGUAGUACACUGGUCUAUUUGUGCACCAACCUUCAGAAUUGUUAGCAGCUGAAUGGGAAAAGAAGAAAGAAGAAAAUCUGUCAGGAUGCAUAAAGUAGCAGAAGUUUCUGCAUUUUCACUGCCUCUGGAAAAAAAACAGUAAAAAUUUAUAUUAUGUGUUUAGAUGGUAAAAACUAAUUUGUGAGGAAAAAAUAUGUAAUUUAUGAAAACAAAAACCCAAAACAAAACAAAAACCUCCAAAAAACAAAAAAAAAAAUUCCAAAACACCACAAGAUUAAAUCCUGGAAACAAGAAAUACAAGAAACUAAAUUAAUUAUCUGCUGUCUGAAGAGGAAUAUUGUUCAUGUGCAUCUUGGUUGUUGUAAUGUUUUCUUUUUUAAAAGUCAAAUAUCUGUUCAGUGUACUUUUCCCAGAAGAAAUUACAGGCUAUUUAUAACAGUCUCUUCACACUGGAUUGCAGAAAACGGACACAUACAUUCCUGCCUUUGAAAUUUGGGGAAAACCCCUGAUUUCUAGGUCAGUUUAAAAGAGGUGAAAGAGCAUUACAAUGACACAAGAAUUCAGUGCUCAGUGCAGCAUCACCACUUGAGAAACUGCCUUAGUAAGAGAUGGUCCCAUCCUUUUUGCCUUAAUCAGGGUGUUGUAAUAUGCUGCCUGGAAAUGGUGAUUUUGCAAAUUGUUGGACCAACUGGGAGCUGCAGCACAGUCCAAAAGACUUAUAUAAAAGCAGUCUAGGGAAUGAGAUUAGGGAAUGAGAAUGAUUUCGACUUAUUUACUUUUCUAUAGAGCCCUGAUAGAAAACAAAAGUGCAUUUCAGAAAGGAGAUCCUAAGGAAAAUGGGUGCACAGGGAGCACAUGGCUGUGAGCAGAGGUCAUGCAGAGUUGCACAGAAGUCCAAGUUUGAGUCUAAGGUAGUUUAAAUCCAUUUGCAAGCCAUGGGUAGACUGUAUCAAACCACUGGUGAUCCCAAAUGAGGUUGGCAUAUUCCCAUACACAGCACACUUGGACUUUUAGGGCAAAGAUUAAACAAAUUCCACAGAAAGGUCUCUUGUGAUGUGAUACACAGGGAAAAAAGUGUAUGUACCUCAAUGUAAUAUGCAAGAGACAGUCCUUUAAUUUAUUCCAACAUGGAACAUUAAGCCUGAUUUCUCCAUUUACUCAUGCAUUUUCUUGCAAAAUUUGUCAGAAUUUAAGAUUGUGGCAUGUGGAAACAUGGAAAGUAGUUGAUAGGUUAUUUCUGAGUUUAAAAAAACACAAGUAGUACUCUGUUUUUAGACUGUUAAGCGCAACCCAAGGCAAUGGAGCUGUGUGUUUUUUGAAGUGCAGCUUUGAAGUCCAGAACUGACUACAACAAAUUAGUCAUUAAAUUCAUGGGGUGAGUUUCUUGCAUGAUGUGACAAUCUCUUGUGAAGCCAUGUUGGAUUUGGGGAACAAAGAAUCUAAAAAAUUACUUUCUGUGCCACAAACUUUCUCUCUCAAAUGAUCACCAAUGUCUGGGAAAUUGUGACCUCUUUGAACUGGAAGUCCAUGUUAGAAAUUACCUAAAAUACUGCUGAGAAAAGAGGGAAGAAAGUGUCUUAACAAUAAACUGAAAUGCCUUUCUCAAAAGUCA